CCUGGAACCGGCCCUAAAUUGCCGACGCAUGUGCAAUGAAAGCACUUCCUUUUCCGCUCAUUGCGCUGCGUUUUCUUCUUCAACCGAGCUUCUAUUCAGCGUAAAAAAAGAUCACUAACCGCGUGUUGGCUCAAGUGAAUCCGACGUCAUGAGUUUGUUCGGGGCCAGCACUGGCUUUGGCGCUGGGGGAUUUGGAGCGGCAACCACGGACACCCACAACCCAAUGAAGGAUGUGGAAGUAACCUCACCCCCAGAUGACAGCAUCAGUUGCUUGGCGUUCAGUCCUCCUGCCAUGCCAGGGAACUUCUUGAUAGGGGGAUCCUGGGCCAAUGAUGUGAGGUGUUGGGAGGUACAGGACAACGGGCAGACAGUCCCCAAAGCCCAGCAGAUGCACACGGGUCCCGUCCUUGAUGUCUGCUGGAGCGAAGACGGUAGCAAGGUUUUCACUGCGUCUUGUGACAAGACUGCCAAAAUGUGGGACCUCAACAGCAACCAGGCAAUACAGAUCGCACAGCAUGAUGCUCCUAUCAGAACAGUCCACUGGAUCAAAGCCCCCAACUACAACUGCAUCAUGACUGGCAGCUGGGACAAAACUCUGAAGUUCUGGGACACCCGCUCGCCCAACCCAAUGAUGUCUCUGCAGUUGCCAGAGAGGUGCUACUGUGCAGACGUGGUGUACCCCAUGGCAGUGGUAGCGUCUGCAGACCGAGGUUUGAUUGUAUAUCAGCUUGAAAACCAGCCGUCUGAGUUUAGGAGGAUAGACUCACCACUCAAACACCAGCACCGCUGCAUAGCCAUUUUUAAGGACAAACAGAACAAGCCUGCUGGAUUUGCUCUCGGAAGCAUUGAAGGGCGGGUUGCAAUUCACUACAUCAACCCUCCUAAUCCAGCCAAGGAUAACUUCACCUUUAAGUGCCACAGGUCGAAUGGAACCAACACAGCCACACCACAAGAUAUCUAUGCUGUAAAUGCCAUCUCCUUCCACCCUGUCCACGGGACACUGGCGACUGUUGGGUCAGAUGGUCGCUUCAGCUUCUGGGAUAAAGAUGCCCGCACCAAGCUGAAGACCUCUGAGCAGCUGGAUCAGCCAAUCACAGCAUGCUCCUUCAACAACAAUGGCAACAUCUUUGCUUACGCCUCCAGCUAUGAUUGGUCAAAGGGACAUGAGUACUACAACCCUCAGAAAAAGAACUACAUCUUCCUGCGUAAUGCUACUGAGGAGCUGAAACCACGGAACAAGAAAUGGUGAGUCAGAAUGCCAUUGUCAUUUCAUCAGUCACGUUUGGUCACCUCUAUGGUGACUGUCAAGACAUGAUUUUCUAUGCUCUCAUUAAGAAAUGUAGAACCACAUGUAUAUUGGUGGACAAGAAAAGACUUGAAAGCAACAGACUUAAUGGCUUGUACAUUUCUCUCAUGUCUCUAGAUUUGUCCAGUAUCUCGCCUGUUGUUUGCAAAAUGGAGGGUUGUCAAAUGCACACGUCAUGCCUGCACGACCCUGUUCCUUUCCUGUGCCAACACCAAUGGUGGAGCUGGUGCUUGCAAAAUAGGGGUUGCAGAGUGAUAAGAUAUUGUUUUGAAAUAUCUGAUAUUUUAUUUUGUCACGAUACCAUGGUUUCAUUUAAAGUAAUGUUUUUUUUUUCUGUUACGUUGUUGUACAAUUUAACGAUAUUGGAGAAUGACAUAUGAGUAGAUAAAGACAAGUUACUAUCCAACUGUUUUUUGCAACACCUUUUUUCAUUCUCUUGCACAUAUUUUUUUAAUUUAACUCUGUGUGUCAGUUAAGAACAAUUCUUAUUUACAAUGACGGCCUACCCCGGACCAGUUGUGCGCCGCCCUAUGGGACUGCCAAUCACGGCCGGAUGUGAUGCAGUGAUGCCUUUUGCUCUGACAUGUAGUACUUUAGACUGCUGCUCCACUCGGGAGCCAAUCCCUGCACAUAUUCACAUAUGUUUAGAACACUAAACAAACAAUGCAUAGAACAUACAUGGUAUACUGGGCUUCAGUAACUGAACAUUACCCUAUUUCACCCAUUUAGAUUUCUAAGAGGGACACUGAAUUUGGGAAAGGGGAUACUUAGGGGGCUGCCUUAAUUGACAUUAGCACCUGGAAAACAGUGGGUUAACUGCCUUGCUCAGAACAGAUUUUUACCUUGUCGGCUCUGUGACUCAAACCAGCAACCUUUCGGUUACUGGCCCAUUGCUCCUACCCGCCAGGCUACCUGCUGGCAUCAAUAGCUGCAGGUCCCAGUAUCUCUAAAUUCCCUUGUCUAUAGUAGGCUACUAUAAUCUAUAGUUAAACUACUCUGCACGAUAAACUGAAAAAUGCUGCAGGAAAAUAUGUUUAGUUCUAUACGAUAGUAGACUACAAGCAGAAUUUAGACAGACUGGUUUGGUUUAGAUCAGUGUUUCCCAACCCUGUUCGAUUACCCCACAUUUUUAUUGUAACCCUGGACAAGCACACCUGAUUCAACUUGUCAACUAAUCAUCAAGCCCACAAUGAUUUGAAUUAUGUACCUUUGUCAAGGGCUACAACGAAACUCUACUGUUGGAGGUACUCGAGGACCAGGGGUUGGGAAACACUGGUUCAGAUGACCAGACACCGGAGCGGGAAUUCGUGUAUUCUCGCGAUGGACUUUACGUCACAGUCUACAUAAAACAUUCGAACUCCUCGGCUACUUCUCUUUUGAUUACGAUAUUUUGUGCGAGGAUCAAUAAUCAUGCCUCGCAUCUAUGUUGGAAAACUUAAUUAUAAUGCUCGGGAAAAAGACCUUCAAAGAUUUUUCAAUGGCUACGGAAAGCUUAUGGAAAUUGAUCUGAAAAAUGGGUAAGUUGAUCAUAUAAGAGAAUCAGUUGGAACAAAAAAUAGCUGGCAAGCUAAUGGUAACUUCAUAUCCAGUUGGCGUUAGCUAGCUAACGUUACCUACUUGCUUUCGGCUACCUUCCCCAAAACAUACGCGAAAUACAUUCACAUUUGCCUUUCAUUUGUGUUAUCUGUGCGUGUAAUAUAAAUUAGCUAAAGUUGGUGGUUAUUAGAUGCACACAUUUAAUUUACAAAUUUACAUUUAACAUGUUUGGUAAAGAAGGCCCCUAGCUAACGUAUUUAGAUGCUAGCUACUACACAGCGUGUUCAAAAUGGCUGCUUGUUUGGCUGCAGGCAGUUUUUUUUGGUCGUUACUAGUUAUUACAGCCAAAGUCAUGAACCCCACAAUUUCUCUUUUAUUAAAAUGUGAUUUUAAACCUAACCUUAACCAAUCACUCUUAACCUUAAACGAGGACCAUAAAUAUAAUUGUUUUCAUGCAUUUUUACAAUAUAGCCAAUUUCGACUUUGUUGCUGUGCUAUCUAGUGGAAACCUAUUUUUUUGUGCGGCCAUGUGGCUACCAAUGAUGUAUAUAAACGCUGGAUUUUGGAUGCUAAGUAUUGGCGUAUGAAGCUCUGAAGUCAACGGUCGGCCAUAUUGGCACUCCAUAGAAGACAGUCCUCCAUAUUAAUAAAUGUCAUUCCUACAGUAUUUCAAUAUUACAUGUGUUUUUUUUCUUUUUGUGGGGGAGACUGACAAUAGCACUUUCUUAAAUGUAUACUUUUAUAGGGUGUCCUCCCACAGGGUGUAACAAAAAUUUGCAUGAGCUGAAUUAAAUGUCAAAGGCUUUGAGAAUAAAAAGCCUGGUAUAUGUUCAGUGCUCCGUUGACAUUUCAGAGUUACACUUGUGAAUUAUUUGAAAAAUAACAAGAAUUUUGAGUGGGUAUGGAAAGUGUGUACUAAAAUGUGAUAUACUACAUGACUGCUCAAAAUCAAUAUCCAUCUUACCUCUUAUGUUGGGGCUGGGCGACAUGGUCCAAAUAGCAUAUCACAAUAUUUUUUCCCAAUUUAUGACAGUAUGUUAUGUUUUUAAAUAAUAAAAGUUCAACAUUUGCCUUGAGUAGUGUGUGACCCUAGGGUGGCAACACAUACAUUCUAAGUUAAUUCAUUGUUUUUUUUUCUCCAUUCUGUUCAAUUCAACCAAAAAUAAUUUUCAUUUCUACAUUUCUUGCCCUCAAAUUAUAGAUAAUUUCCACACUGCCACAUGGGGCUGCACAAUAUGGGUUAAAUAAUCUAGGCCUUGUUUUUAACCAAAUGUUGUGAUUUAGAUCAAAACACUUGGGUGAACUGUUCGAAUCAUGGAAUUAGGAUGUUAAUUCUAUUGUUAUAAUAGUGGGCACUUUGAUUACAGUGUUGGACAUGACAAUGAAUGAAAAUGCCAGGGAGGAGUUAUUGUGACAGGGUAGGAACCAACUUGUUGGAUAGUGUUUCCCAGGGGACCCUACAAUCUUUGGCUACAUUAAAUGUUUCUUCAUGUAGCCAACAUAUUCAUCGUUUGCCUAUUCCUCUUUGAUUUAGAAGAUACUGUUGCGCACUAAUUGUAAUUAUAGAACGCUUUUGAAUUUUAUAUUAAGAAGCAAAGUAGAAACAACAUUGUUGUCAUCAACAUUGUUGCAUGUGCUACAUUGACCGUGUAGACUGAACAAGUUUCUUGUGGUCAAGCAACAGCAAGUGCUCUCCAAGGGGGGCAGGGCUAGGUCUGUGUGGAAAGCAGCGAGGAGAGGGAUGCAUUGAGUAGCGGUGUAAACUAUAAAAUGAUGUUAUACAUGGCAUAUCAUUAUUAUUUCUAACGUUCUAAUCAUGUUAUAGAAGAUAACAUAAAAACCAGUCCGUGCCUCAAUACCGGUCUAUAAAGUAAAAUACAGCCCUACUAUUUUGUGUCCUGCGGACUCAAAAAAGAAAGGUGUGAGUUCAACAGUAAAGUGAGCCUGUCAGGUAGCCAGUAGUCUUAAUUCUUGCAGAUUCCAGCCUAUCUGUUGCAAUGCAAUUAUUAUUAUUUUGAACAUGGCCUUUGAACAAAUUGAGGUUUGGACCUUUGGUUUUCUGCAAGGAAAAUCUAUACAAUUAACUUAUUUUACCCCUUGGUCAAAAAGCAUUUUUUUAUAGGACACCCUAUACUGCAGCGGAUACGUUAGAAUUGAGAGAUCUGUGUUUUCAAAACACAGACCCUCAAACAAAUGUGCUUUUUGAACCAUUUCACCUGUUUUAUGUUGCAUCAAGACUGUUCAGGGGCGUACAACUAUAGUUAUCCUUCACAGAAAAUGUGACUGACUAGUUGGCUAAUUAGCAGAUUGUAGUUUAAGUGCCUUAAUUCAUUGGUUUGCCAUUUGUUUUUUAUUGCUAGCUUAUUUAACUUUUUUAUCUUUUAGAUAUGGCUUUGUAGAAUUUGAGGAUAAUCGCGAUGCGGACGACGCAGUGUAUGAACUGAAUGGCAAGGAGUUGUGCGGGGAGCGUGUGACCGUGGAACAUGCCAGAGGACCGCGCCGUGACCGAGAUGGAUAUGGUGGUGGCGGGGGUGGUGGUCGCAGUAAGUGCAAUGUAUUUCAAUGUUCCUGUCACCCUUUUCCCAAUGGGUCAAGGGGAUGUGAAUGUGGACCGUACACACACAGGCCUGUGAUCCUGAAGUGGAGUUUGUCAUAACUCUCCAAUACUCAAUGAUGUCACCGUUUCCAUAGUGUCACCAUUGAGUAUGGUACAAGUUUGACCCAACUCAGAGCAGACCUCAGAUUACUGCUACUGAUUGUUUAGGUGUAGUGAAACCAUGUUUCUAGUGUUUUCUUCCUGGUGGAAUUGUGAGCACCAAUAAACAACUGUAUUUAGUUAAGAAGUCACGACUUUGUCACCAUGUAGCCCAGCUGUACCGUGAAAUACCAUUACAUGUGAAUUGUCUUUGCGUUUUGAUUUCAACAUUAACAAAGUCCUUGAUGUUUCAAUUUGAAAGAGUCCAGCUGAGGGCUGAGGCUGAGUCCAUUGAGGCUAAGAUGACUGCCUGUCCCGUUUGGCCUUGGCUUUCACCUUUACAAUGUGUGUGUGACCUAUGCCUCUUGACCCUUGGCUGACCUAACCGGAAGCCUUGAUGACAUCAUCCUUUUUCCAAUAGACCAGGGGUGAUGGUGAGGAUUCCCAUUGGUUUAUAUGUUGAAAGAAUAAGUGGGACGGCUUUAAGUCAACAUGUUACCUUUCCCUGUAAAGCAGGCAAAGCAACUGCAUUGUCCCCAGUUUGACAACCGGUUAGGCUAUGUCAUGGGGUAAAACCUUUGUAGAGAUAUGUCAGUUGGCACUCUUGCAAAGUGUGCUACAAGUUUUUGACAUUGACUUUGUGGAAGCCUCUGUUUGUCUUUCAGGAUUCAAGAGUUUGUAAGAAGAACAUCACUGUCCAUUUGUUUAUACUGCUAAAGAUUUGCGGUUUUUAAACAUUUGUCAGACUGGCUGUAUGUUGCUGAUAACAGAUGCAGUGGUGUUCUUUGCACAGCAAUGAACUACAGAGGCUGUACAGUGAGAAGAAUAAAAAUGUACAGCCACUAAGCCAACAAAUGCCACAACUUUAAUACCUCAGUCACUUAAUUAGGUUUGUCUUGAGACUGGGUCCCGAUGGACAUCUCACAGGACCUAUAUUAAACAUUACCACACCUUUUUAUUCUGGUAGUUGCAUUCUCUGUUCAUGGUCUGAGCCAUUAAGUGAAAUGCCUAUAUGCCACUCUGUUUUUCUGACAAUUUGUCUGUCCUGUCAUUUAAAGGUAGUAGUGGUUACAGCAGCAGCAGAAGCCGCACUGGCAGGGAUAAGUACGGGCCACCCGUCCGUACUGAGUACCGACUGAUCGUUGAGAAUCUGUCCAGCCGCUGCAGCUGGCAGGAUCUGAAGGAUUUCAUGCGUCAGGCUGGAGAGGUCACGUAUGCCGACGCCCACAAGGAGCGUACCAACGAGGGUGUCAUCGAGUUUGGCUCACGCUCGGACAUGAGGAGGGCCCUAGACAAGCUGGACGGCACGGACAUCAACGGGAGGAAGAUCCGCCUGGUGGAGGAAAAGUCUCGCCGCCGACGCUCCUACUCUGGCAGUCGCUCUAGGUCUCGCAGCAGACGUCGCUCUCGUAGCAGGAGCCGCAGGAGCAGUCGCUCCAGGAGUAACUCCAGAUCCCACUCCCGAUCCCAUUCUCGAAGCAAGAGACGCCACUCCAAGUCUGGAAGGAAGUCUCGUUCCCGCUCUCGCACCCGCAAAUCCAGAUCCCGUUCCAACAAAAGCAAGUCCCGUUCCAAGAGCUGCUCCAAGGUGAAAUCCGAGCGGGAUUCCCGCAGCCGCUCCAAGGAGAAGUCGGCCAACAAGAAGUCCCGUAGCCGAUCAGCAUCUCCCGUGAAAAAUGGGAAGGAGGAGCGUUCCUCUCGCUCCCCUUCCCCAGCAGCUGACCGUCGCUCCAAGUCUCCGGACAAGCGCUCAGUCUCCCGCUCCAAAUCCAGGUCUAGAUCAGCUUCCCGAGAUUAAAGGGUUCAUCCACGUGUUCCCCAUUUGAGCAACUGGUGAUAUAGGACCAGCUCCUAUUUGACAGAUCAAUCGCAGCACCAGGUGCAUCAAGGCAUGCUCAGUCUUAAUCAGUGCUAUCCUUGACACUUAAAAAUCCGAACAACUAUCUUGACGUAUUAUACAUGGCAUGAGAAUGAUUUAGUCAUGUUUAUUGUGAGGGAGUGCGCAUCGUAGAUUACAGCUAUUGAUCAGUUUUGUAUUAAUUGUACAUAGAGGAGCUUGUCUGAAGGGCUUUGUAUUUAAAACAAGCCAGGCCUUUUCUUUAAUAUCCUUUUUAGUUAUUGUUUGUAUUCCUCUGUCUGCUUUUGCUAACCUCAGGGUGGUGUUUUGAGUUCAUUUUUAUGAUAGGAGUCGUUUCACCUAUUGAGCCCCCCUCAAGAUGUACUGUAUGUGCGCAUACAAUUUGUAGAUGAGCAGAUUUUUGGCCUUGUAUGAACAGGUUUACCGGGGAUGGUGGUACAGAUUACUCCCUCUCCACAUAAGAAGCCGUUCUGAUUACAUGUGACAUGCCCAUUUUUUUUAUUGUACAUUUAAUAAAAAGUUCAUAUGAAAA